ACAGAAUUAUGUCACAAUUUAUAAUAUUUACAUGUCAAAUGAAUGACAUACAAAAUGAAAAACUCUGAACAGUUUACAUCUUCAAGCAACUGAGAGCUACGAGAUUUAUAUACAAAGUCCAAAGUGAUUAUAUUUCAUCAUUAAAUGCCUGCAAUAGGUUACUCACAACUCCACCUGGUGAUGCAUAACACCAACGUACCAAAAUGGAAACCGUUUUUCACAAAUUUUUCGUUUCAAAGAACGGGAAAAAAUCAUCCAAACAAUUUGGAAUUUUUUGUCGCAAGAACCGGCAAACGCCCGCCGUAAUCGAGCUUCCGGCUAAACAAGUCAAGACACAACAUGAGGAUGACGCUGCGAUCGUUGUUGCGAAACCACCACCAGAUGUCAGGCUUGUGCUUUUCCAAGAAUGUGGGGAAACCAGCGACAGAAAAUUAAUUUUUGAUUCAAAAAGUUUUGAUCUUCAGAAACAAGAUGAAGACACUUUAAAUUAUUCAGCAAACAAUUUACAACAUGGUUCCGUUAACAACAACAGUAAAAGUCAUCAACAAUUUAACAGCAGAUACCAGUAUGUCCGAGGACCUCAGGACAGCGGUAUUUUAUCAGAAAUGCUAUUUGGUGCUGUAGGAUUGGCAAGCCGUGCUUCUUCAUUGAAAAUUCAUGUCAUAAAAGAACCUCAAAGAAUUAUGCUCAGCAGAGUUUUCUGUGUCGAAUAUGCAAAAGAAUCUGUCAGUCUUGAUAGAGGAAUCGAAUAUCAGAGACCUGCUGUUCUAAGUAGAAGAAAAGCAAAGACCUUACCAGUUCCUACACCCGAGCCAUCGUACAUCCCUCCGCCAGUUCCAAGUCCCGCACCAUCUCUUGCGUCUUCUCUGACUUCUCGAAUAACUCGCUCAGAUUCCAGCUCAUCUCUGAUGUCUUUAACUUCAAUACUUGGAGCUUCUCUUGGAGGAACAGGUUCCCUUGGAUCUCGCUCUAUGCCUCAACAUAUUCCAUCCAAUAGAGCAUCGCACAGUCUUCCUCCGGCCCAUAGACAAGCUUCAAGAGAUAGUUUUACCCUAACACAAGAGCCUCAUCAUGGAAUCAUCACCUCAAGAAGAACUAAAGUUAGAAUCGGGUUUGCAGUCAUCUUUCAACCCGAGCCAAGUAAUUCUAGUGAAUUCCACCAUUUUUUCUUCGAACAUUUCCCGUUGAUUGAAAGCUACCUGACGUAUCUGAAAGAACAGAUCGAAUCCGCUCUCAACAGUUUCAAAAGAACAAGAAACCAAGAGUUCAUCGAGUGCAUGAUGGAGAUUCUCCAUAUAUUUACCUCAUGUAUGAAUUCAAUUUACUCAACUCCACGGUUACUAAAGCCAGUUUGGUCAUCAUUGACAACAGUGACAUCACCACAACGGUUUCCAUGGCUUGGUGAUGACAUCACAGUCAAAUGUUUUAUCGCUGAUCUUGCCAGAAUGGUGACGCAACAUAAUACAAAGAAUAAAAAUUAUUUUAUGAGCGGGCUAAUUUCAUCUGUACUGACGCAUCAUCUUGGAUGGGUGAACACUAUGCUGCCACCAAGUGGCGAAACAGAUUUACAAACUCUCGCGUACAAUCCACUGUGGGCUCAACUUGGUGAUAUAUACGGUGCUGUGGGGACGCCAACCAAAGUAGCAAAGACUUUAAUUCUGGGUGAAAUUCACGAACUUGUGUCGACAAUUAUCUCAAUCCUCUCGUAUUUUAUCCGAAGUUCUGACGUAACAGAAGUAGUAGACGUUCCAAGUGACAUGACCCCUCAGGCUUUCUUAGAAGACGACCAAGGUCUGACGAUGUCUCUUGUGCCGAGUGAUUUGGAACCGAACGAAUACGUUUUCGUUACAAUGGAUGCUGACUUGGCAAAAACUGAGAACAACGAUUCAGCUAUAAAAAAUAUAGACAAUCCUGCCCCCCCGAAAACUGAAAAACCGAAAUUUUCUUUUUGUCGUAAAAAUAAAACGAAUAAAAUGAAAACCUCCGAGCCGAUUGCAAUGGAAAAACUUACGACCAAUAAAACUUUAUCUUCAAGCCUCGCUGGGACUUCACUCUGUCGAAGCAAAAGCAGUCCUGGGUCUGCUAAACCCCCGAUACCACGAGUGAAUCGGCAAAAAAGUAGCGGAAAUAUGGAACUCACCCCAACUAUGAGAUUGCGCACAAAUUCUAACGACACUCUCGCGAGACCACGAGGCGUCCAAAGUCGUCGUACAUCUCAUGAAGUUUCGAAUAUUUCUCGAAUGAGUAAAUCAUCAAGUGCGCUCGUUAUUUCAAACAUUGAAAAACUGUGCAAUGAGGGAGUUUCGUCACUAGAGGGUAGCAAGUCAUUUUGUGGGGGCCCAAUGCCUGCUUCUGAGCUGUUACAGAAAAGACUGGGAAAGGAGAAUAUCGGAUCCUGUCCAAAUAAUGUCGGAGGCCAAAUGAAGAAUUUGUGUACACCUUCCACAAGAGGGCAGCAGAAUAUUAUUUCAGAGUCGAUUACAGCACUCCCAGUGCAACCAAUUCCACGUCAACGAACACAUAAACGAGGUUCGAGCGAACCAUUCAACGUAAAUGUUUUACAUACAACUGCGGACACGACUUCCUCAUCUCUCGUAAAAACAAAAUCGACGUAUUUUCCUGUCGUUAGAAAAACAUUUGUUGACACUGUCGAGCCACGAGUUGUCAAUGCUAUUCAUGUGCAAAGGGAACAGCCAGUUAUAGCAAUGAAUUCUCCCAGCCCCUCACCCCUUUUACCCCGUUCAAAAUCAUCCGCCGGACAAAAAGGUCCCAUAAUUGGAUUCCGGACCCCAGAAGCAGAACUUUCACCCAAAAAACGAUCAAAACACAAAUCUGGUAGUUUUUUACAAGAAAAACCAGCGAAAAUAGACUCCCCCGAUUUCUGUGACGUAUUUUCACCAAAAAAUAACUCAAAUUCUGGAGUAGAAAUUGCGUCAAUCGCCCCAGGGGUCACGCCAGAGUCAAAGUUCAAUUUCAAUGACCCCAAAGUUCAUAGGUCAUCUUCUAAUGCAUCAGUUAGCAGCGUAGUUCGACGAAGUUCAUCGGCAGCAUCAAAUAAAGUUAAACUUGCUGGGAGGAGGCGUAAAUUAACCGACUCGUCAUCUAAACAAUCUAGCAUAGACGAGAGCGAAGAAAAAAGUUCGGGGCUCCCCCCACUAUGCAGAAUUCCUUCAGUUGCGUUGGAACAUGAAAAAUUUGACGAGUACUUCAAUGAAAAUGGGGAAAAUUCGGAAUUCAUAUUUUUCUCAGCUCAUAAGUCAUCAAAUGACCUUAAAAAUAAUCAAGGUCAGACACAGUCAAGUGUGACAAAACCAACAGACCAGAACAGCCAAAAUCAAUCAAUUGUGAACAAAACAGCCCCGCCACCUCUUCCAACUAAGGGACCCUGUCAGGCGACGCUGGAAAGAGAAAAAUCACCAGCAAUCGAGAACAAAUCAAUCGUGACAAAAUCACUCAAGCAGAAAGCGGAAAAUCAUUCAAUUGUAACAAAACGUCAAGCGCCUCCCUUACCGACAACUGGUCCUUCUCAUCGUAGCCAAUCAACAAAGUCCGAAACAGUUUCAAGAUUUGUGUCCUCCCCGAACCCGCCCCCCAAAUCUGCUCCCCCACUACCAUUAGCACCCCCCAUUCAUCAUGGGUCCCUUUACCCCAAACUUGAUGAAAUCUCAACCCCCAGUACUCCCCGAAAUGGCCCCCAACUACCGAAAUCUUCAAUAUAUCCAAAUUUAGAUGGAAAAACUGUCGUUCCAACUAAAACUAAGGGAUUGUAUCCAAAUUUGGAUGAGGAUCUGCCCUCAUAUGAGGAGGUUACUAACUCACUGUACCCAAAAUUACCCACGACGCCAUCGUGUGACAAUACCUCAAGUUAUUCUAAAAACAAUAAUGGUGCGGGUUCACAAACACUAUCUGAAUUACCACAAGAGGGCGGUGUGGAUGAUUUUUCAUCCCUUGAAGAAGUCCCCCUCAGACCAGUACAACAAACUAAAGUACCUGCGACAAAGAAGUCUGAAAAUGGAGAGGAUUCCUCGAGAUUGACGUUCGGAGAGCUAAUGGCAGACUAUUCACCAGAAUAUUUAUGGGGUUUCGCGUUGCAUGGCACUCGUAAUCAAUCAGGAUUAUAUAGAAAGAUAAUAAGAGAAUUGCAACAUUCUGUCCAAAGACCUGUACUAGAUGAACCAGUAUCCGAAGCCGUAUCGAUAGUAGCAGAUACAGAUAAAUGGACCGUCAAAGUUCUCAGUACUCAUCGUAUCCAUAGCGACAAUACAGCACUCCCGGCCUUGAAUUCAAAACUUGUUACGAAUAUUUUGGAAAGAAUAACGAAGCUAUAUCAGAUCAAUGCACCAGCGGAAUUUUGCAUGCAACAAUUGGAGAAUUCGUUGGGAGAACUCGUUCUGAAAAGCCGAAUGUUGGCAGGAUAUGUCGUCGGAAACACAAGAGUCAAUAUUUCUCAACUGUCAGCUGUUCUGGGAAUUGAAUCGAGUGAUCUUCCUUUACUGAUGUCAAUCGCUUCAUGUCAUAGUCCUCAAGUUGCUGCUAAACUACUGUGAAGUGAUAAUACAUCUUAUGAUCUCAUAAAUGAGUGCUUUAUGGCAUCAUCAUAGACAACAAUGAAAUGUUGUUACAUCAUAAUGUAACACUCUAUGAUGUCACAUAACAUUUACAAAAAUUGUUCGAAAUGAAAAGUGAAAGUCAAAACCUUUUUGAAGGUCAAAUGAAUGACCUUGAACUGCCACAAACGAACAAUGGCGAGUAAAAUAGUACAACGGCAUCGAUUGCCAUAGUAAGGUGUAUAAUGCUACAAUGCAAUUGUGUUCUAAUAAUUGAUAUGUGCAUGAAUGUUUGCUUGUUUUUUGCUUGUGCCAUGUUUGGACCGCAGUUAAAGUUGGUUUAACUUCAUCUUCGGUCCAUAUAAGGCCUUAUUUCUGCGUUUGACAUCUGAUAUUUUUUUGCAAACCAGUAUUUACUUGUAUGAAUAUGCAUUAUUAAACCAUUUUUGUUCCCACGUCCAGAUGAGGCCAUAAUUGAAUGCUUUUGAGCAGUGGUUCUCACAUUUUUAUGACAAAUUUUUUAAGCGAAAUUUGAAACAGAGAAUUCGGAAUAAUUGGAAUAUAAUUAUUUCUAUAAAAUAGUUGCAAUAGUUUUGUUUUUCAAAUUGAAACCAUAUCAAAUUUGGAAUAGUGUAUGAGAAACCAGCGGCCACUUGAACCACUCUGCUAGUAAGACGGGUCUUCCGGAGUGCACGCCCGCAGGUACUUCUAGUGAGCGUAGCAUGAUGAUUUUUACAUAUAAUAUUCCUAUCCCCUACCUGACUACGUCGCCGACUAUAAUGAACUCACUAACGCCAGUGAUCUCUCUCAUAUCGGUAUCGUUACGACAAGGUAACGAAAGAAAUAGCUUGCUUGAUUUUGGAUGAUCGUAUGUACUUUUUAGACGAACAUCUGUAUACUUUGGAGGGCAUUAUUACGUCAGUAUUGUUCAGAUUUUCGGAUGACUAGUUAGGUAGGGGUGAGGAAUCACAUAUGCAAAAAUUGUUAAGCCAGGCCAACUAUAGAAGUACUUGUGGGCGCGUAUUUCGGGAUACCAUUGAGAAAUCCUUUCUAAUUUUCUUACCAAAGUAACCCAAACACAAUAAAAGUUUCAUUUGUUUUUGUUUAAACUGCCGCAUUAUUGUUUUUACUUCUCUUUUGGUUAUUUUGUGUGCUCUGUACAAGGUCAUAGUCAAGUAUUUCGUAAGGUUACUAAUGGAGUAAUUAGACAUAUCGUACCUUUGAAAGCAGAAUUUGCUAUUUCAAUAUCAAACAAAUACAAAUCUAGAAUUUCAAGGCAAAAAAGUCUGAUCAAAAUUUCGAAAAAUUUUAUUUGAAAAUUUCGCCUAUUUGACAUAUUGCAGGUACUUAUGUAGUAUGUGAACCAAGAGGGCGGACACCGGGACGUAAUAUAUGUACCAGGUUAGGGUUAGGCCAUAAUUUCAAGUACAAAUACCACGGGGAAGUCACUUAGCUAGCACUCAAACUCGUAAUAGGAAUAAAAUUAGGGCCUAACCUGGUACACAUACUACGUUCUGGUGUCCGCCAUCUUGGUGCACAUACUACAGGAGCGCCAUAUUGCAUACGCUUUUGAAGUAAUAUAGUCUUUUGUAGUGGUUCCCCACCUUUCAUGGCUAGUUGCACCCUUCCGGAGGACUAAAGCACUCACAGCCCUCUGUUUUUUAUUCCCGUGGUUCUCAUCCUAGCUUAAAGCAUUUUGAACAGCAUUUAAAAUUUAAACCACUCUACCAAGUGGCUAUUUAGGUGAAAUAUCUCAAGCGAAAUUUGGUCAUUCAAGAACAUUUACUCCUGUUCUUUCUGUCCAGAGCCAUGUUUUGAAUAUUUGAAAACCUCGCACCAAAAGCCCUCCCUUAUCUUUGGCCGUAUAUAAUUCAAGCAACUUGCUUGUCUAACGCUUUAUUCCGAGCUAUGGUUCAUAACUUUUUUCAAAAAAAUGUAUGCCAUUAUCUCUGGCCGUAUAUAAUUGUGCGAUUAUUUCGCCAUUAAUGGAAAACCUUUCAAUCAACUUUUUUUUCUCUUAUUUUUCCUUUCCGUUUGCUGCACAUUACUUUCUAUGCACUGCAGCAUGUACUUUGUAAUUAUUGCGCGCAUGAAUAAAUUGAAGAUCUGUGUGUGUGAAAUAAAUUUGUUUAUGAGA